CGGCGGGGACGGGUUCCGGCCUGAGGGGGCCGAGGGGACGGCGGACCCCGCCGCGGUCGCCGCCGACGGACCCAUCGAGCCCACGUCGGGGGACGUUUCCCUGUCGCCGGCCCCAAGAUGAACUUCCUGCGGGGGGUCAUGGGGGGGCAGAGCUCCGGCCCGCAGCCCUCGGGCGCCGAGACGAUUCAAAAACUUUGCGACCGAGUGGCUUCGUCUACACUGCUGGAUGACAGGAGGGACGCGGUUCGAGCUCUGAAAUCACUGUCCAAGAAAUAUCGCCUCGAAGUGGGGAUCCAGGCUAUGGAACAUCUGAUCCACGUUCUGCAGACGGACCGCUCGGAUUCUGAAAUAAUAGGAUAUGCUUUGGAUACCCUCUACAAUAUAAUGUCAAAUGAUGUGGAAGAGGAAGAACCAGAUGAUUUGGAAGAAGAAAAUCCCCAGAAACAGGCUGAUGACUUAGGAAGUCAAUUUACAGAAAUCUUCAUCAAGCAGCAAGAUAACAUCACUCUGCUGUUAACCUUCUUGGAGGAGUUCGAUUUCCACGUCCGCUGGCCUGGAGUGAGGCUUCUUACAACCCUUUUAAAGCAGCAGGGCCCUCAGGUGCAACAGAUUAUUCUGGUCAGUCCUAUGGGUGUUUCAAGAUUGAUGGACUUGUUAGCUGAUUCGCGGGAGGUCAUACGUAAUGACGGUGUCUUGUUACUCCAGGCAUUGACGAGAAGCAAUGCGGCAAUCCAGAAAAUCGUGGCUUUUGAAAACGCUUUUGAGAAAUUAUUGGACAUCAUAACAGAGGAAGGAAACAGUGAUGGAGGUAUAGUGGUGGAAGAUUGCCUGCUUUUGCAUCAGAACCUGUUAAAGAACAACAACUCCAAUCAAAAUUUUUUUAAAGAAGGCUCGUACAUCCAGAGGAUGAAACCCUGGUUUGAGGUGGGCGACGACAACUCUGGCUGGUCGGCGCAGAAAGUGACGAAUCUUCAUCUGAUGCUGCAGCUCGUUCGUGUGCUGGUGUCCCCGACCAAUCCUCCCGGGGCCACCAGCAGUUGCCAGAAGGCUAUGUUUCAGUGUGGAUUAUUGCAGCAACUUUGCACUAUUCUGAUGGCAACCGGGGUUCCAGCUGAUAUCCUGACGGAGACUAUUAACACCGUCUCAGAAGUCAUCCGAGGCUGCCAAGUAAACCAAGACUACUUUGCCUCCGUAAACGCACCUUCCAGUCCACCACGGCCGGCGAUCGUAGUGCUUCUGAUGUCCAUGGUUAACGAGAGGCAACCGUUCGUGCUGCGCUGUGCCGUCCUCUACUGUUUCCAGUGUUUCUUGUAUAAAAACCAGAAAGGACAAGGAGAGAUAGUCGCAACGCUCCUGCCGUCCACCAUCGACGCUACAGGUAAUUCUGUCUCGGCGGGUCAGCUGCUCUGCGGAGGUCUCUUUUCCACGGAUUCGCUGUCGAACUGGUGCGCUUCCGUGGCCCUGGCCCACGCCUUGCAAGAAAACUCGACUCAGAAAGAGCAGCUUCUGAGAGUCCAGCUGGCCACCAGCAUAGGCAACCCUCCGGUCACUCUGCUCCAGCAGUGCACCAACAUCCUCUCCCAGGGCGAUAAGAUCGACAGACGGGGAAGCAAGGUGCAGACCCGGGUGGGGUUGCUGAUGCUGCUGUGCACCUGGUUGAGUAACUGCCCCAUCGCCGUCACCCACUUCCUCCACAAUAAGGCCAAUAUUCCAUUUCUGACGGGACAGAUAGCCGAAAACCUCGGGGAGGAGGAACAGUUGGUGCAAGGCCUCUGUGCCCUUCUGCUGGGCAUCUCCAUGUAUUUCAACGACAACACCCUUGAGAACUUUAUGAAAGAGAAGCUCAAGCAACUGAUAGAGAAGAGGCUCGGCAAAGAAAACUUCAUCGAGAAGCUGGGCUUCAUCAGCAAGCACGAACUGUACUCGAAGGCCGCCCAGAAACCCCAGCCCAACUUUUCCAGCCCAGACCACAUGAUCUUCGAUCAUGAGUUCACCAAGCUGGUGAAGGAACUCGAGGGUAUUAUAACAAAGGCUAUUUAUAAGUCUAGUGAGGAAGAUCAGAAGGAGGAAGAGGUGAAGAAAACCUUGGAGCAGCAUGACAGUAUCGUGUCUCACUACAAAAACAUGAUCAGGGAGCAGGAUAUCCAACUCGAGGAUCUGAAACAACAGGUUUCUACCCUUAAAUGUCAAAAUGAACAGCUUCAGACAGCAGUCACGCAGCAAGCUUCCCAGAUACAGCAGCACAAGGACCAGUAUAAUCUCCUCAAAGUCCAGCUGGGAAAAGACCAUCAGCACCACGGCGUCCCCGGCGACGGGGCUCAGGUGAACGGCCUCCAGCCGGAAGAAACCGGCCGGUUGCGAGAGGAGAUCAACGAACUGAAAAGCCAGCGGGAGCUUUUACAGGGACAGCUGGAGGAAAAGGACGCUCUGAUCGAAAGUUUGAAGACCGCUGGGAAAACAGAAACAUCUUUAGAGGCUUUUAAGGCUGGAGAUUCUGAAAACACUACAGAAUUGCAACGGGAACUGGAAGCGUUGAGGUCUCAGUUAAAGUUGCAGUCCCUGGAGAUGACUAAGCUGCAGCUGGAGAAGCAGGAGCUGUUGCAGAAAUCAGAAACUAGUAAUAAAUCAGUUCCUGUAUCAGGAGAAAACGGGGCCGUGGCCGCAGCCAAAAAUACCGAAUUAGAAGGAAGACUGUCCGUGUUAUUGCAAGAGACCAAAGAGUUAAAGAAUGAAGUGAAAACUCUCUCGGAGGAACAAGCGUCUCUGAACCGGCAGCUGGACUCCUCCAACAGUACCAUCGCGGUCUUACAGAACGAGAAAAGCAAACUGCAGCAGGAGGUUUUAGAGUCCAAAAAAGAACAGGACGAACUCUUGGUGCUGCUGGCCGACCAGGACCAGAAAAUCAUCGCGUUAAAGAACAAACUCAAGGAACUUGGCGAACCGGUUGAAGAUGAGGACGAGAUCGAAUCCGGAGACCAGGGCGAUGACGACGACGAGGACGACGAAGACGAAGAGGAGGAAGACGGCGAAGAGGAAGACCAGAAGUGAUCCAGCCGUUGGGUCUCCCGGCGGACGACGGAGCCGGCGUUGCGACCCGAGACCGAAGCUGAAGACGGCGCUCUCCGGCUGCCCGAAACACAAAAUGAAGAGUUUAGGGAGCGGACGGGCGCACACCCUCCCGGCGAGAACCCUGGCGCGAUGUUUCCGAAACGCCGCCGCCCGGAUCGAAAACCCGAACCGGGGGCGCGAAACCCAAAUCUCUAUUUUACUGCAUUUCUACAGCGGCCGCGAGAGGUAACUCUGGAACAGCUUUAGACACCAAAAACGAACUGUCCGAAGCACGGCCCGGCGGCAGGUGCUCGCCGCCCGUCUUCGGGAAGUUCCGUGUAUUAUUUUUUGUCUCUCCCGUCCUCCGCGGAACCCAUUAUUUUUGGGCCCCUGUCGUCUUCUCUGGUCUGUCUCUGGAAUCACCGGUUCGAAAUUCAGCAAGGACGUCUCCCCCGGCACCCUCCCUUCCCCUUCCCCCGGCUCCCCGCAGGGGGAACGGGCGUGCCCGAGGCCUCCAGGCCGCCCAGCCCGGGGCGGGAAGGAUGCACGUCACCCGCCUCGGGCUCAACUCCGCCUUCAGAAGGAAACGGAGCCCGCACGGGGGCGAGGGAGCGACUGCCUUCGCACCUUAAAACGGCCGCAUCCUGUACCUCAGCGUCCAAACACGAGGAAUCACACGGAAACCCAAUGACGCCUAAGGGUGUUUGGGAGAACUUGCCAACGGCGUGGUAGCAUGUGAUUUUUUUUUUGUUUUUUUAAAAGAAAGCUAACAUGUUAAAGCUGAUUGUCAUAACCAAUUUUAUGUUUGAGUUUAAGGAGAAAGAAACCCCACCCAGAUUUAUAUAAUUUAUUGGCUUUUAUGCCAAAUAGGUUUGAGCGGGAUAAUGGGUUUUAAAAGAGCAAAUUGAAUCCGGGCAUCCACUUCACCUUUUGGUAAUAAAAAUAGAUGGUAUGUUCA